AUGGUUGCAACACCAGCCCUCUCAAAACACCUUGGAAGUCCUGUUGAACAUGCUCACCUUUAUGGAAGAAUUGUUGGAGCCUUACAAUACCUUACCAUGACCAGACCAGACAUAAACUUUGCUGUUAACAAAGUUAGCCAAUUUAUGCAAACCCCUGUUGACACACAUUGGAAAGCUGUAAAGAGUAUCUUAAGAUAUGUGGCAGGAACAAAACAUUUCACCUUCAGAUUGUCUCCUUGCUCAAACCUUAACAUCACUGGAUUUGCUGAUGCUGACUGGGCUUCCGAUGUGGAUGAUAGAAGAUCCACCUCAGGUUUUCGCACCUUCAUGGGACAGAACCUCAUAUCUUGGAGCUCCAAGAAGCAAACUACAGUAUCAAGGUCUUCUACUGAGGCAGAGUAUAGAAGCUUAGCCCAUGCUGCAUGUGAAAUAAUGUGGAUAAAAUCAUUGUUGAGAGAAUUGAGGGUUAAGGAUAACAGACCAAGUGUGAUUUGGGUGGACAACUUAGGUGCUAUUCAAUUAGCUGCCAAUCCUAUUGGACAUUCAAGAACUAAGCAUAUUGAGCUGGAUUUACAUUUCUUAAGAGAAAAAAUUGUGAAAGGUGUUAUAUCAGUGAGGCAUGUUCCAGCCAUUGACCAAGUGAGUGAUAUUCUCACUAAACCUUUGAAUGGCCAAUUCUUCACAAGGCUUGGAGCUAAGCUCUGUGUAGAUUCUCAGUCCUUGCUUGAAUUGAGGGGGCAUAUUAAGGGUUUAGCAUAUCAAACCAUUUGGUGCAGUCAAAGAAGUCCAAGGUGGCUGAAGAAUGGGCCCAUGCAGAUGACACGACACACAUGCAUAAUGUCUCAUCUAAUGAGACAAACCUUAGCAGAUAUUAGGGUUUCAUUACUCCCUUUGCUUAGAACCGACAAAGGUGUAUAUGGAGCAAAAAUUCACAAUUGUGGAGGUAAGGACAUCCGCUACUUAACCGUGAUGGCGCUGCUUCCGCACAGGACAAUUGAAAGACUUGCUAUGUUGGAAAUUUUGUCUUUUACGAAAUGA